GGCCUUUCUUAAGUUUCCAUCUUAAAUUCAAAAACCCAUUUCAGCCGACUGAAAGUUGAGAGGGUAACCGCCGGAAAAUGGGUUUUGCGGCGGAGAGAACGGGUGCGGUGACGGCGGCGGUGUUCGUGGUGGUGAUGUCGAUGGUGCUAGAGCCGGCGGUGGCGGCGGUUUAUAAGGUUGGAGAUGCUGCCGGCUGGACCACCAUCGGCGGUGUCGACUACAAGCAGUGGGCUGCUACUAAGACUUUCCAGCCCGGUGAUGUCAUCGUAUUUGAGUACAACGCCAAGUUCCACAAUGUAAUGAGAGUGACGCAUGGGAUGUACAAAUCAUGCAAUGUCUCAGACCCCAUAGAGACUCACUCUUCCGGCAACGACACCAUCACCAUUCAAACCAGAGGCCAUCACUUUUUCCUCUGCGGCGUUCCUGGCCACUGCCAGGCGGGCCAGAAGGUCGACAUUAAUGUCCAACGCCUUGCUUCCACCACCGUCGCCCCAGAGCCCUCCGCCUUGGCCUCCCCGGCUGUCCCCCUCGCACAUACACCCGCCGCACAAGCACCAAAAGCCACUGCCCUGCGCCUCGGCACUGGCUUUUGGCUAUUGCUUUCGGCCUUAUCCGUUCUAGCGAUCGCUUAAACGGGCACUGGCCAAGCCCUUCCCUUCAAUAAGUUGCAGUCUUUUUUGUACAACAAAUUUCAGCCAUUUUGUAGUGAUAGUUCGUCAUCGAGGUUUCUUUUUACGUCGUCUAUACAUACGUUUUCGUAAGUUUGAA